AUGUCCGGGGACACAGGUGGUUCAGCCAUCCAGAGUUCGCGAGGCCUCGGUGGGGUAGACGUGCUGUACCCCCGGGGCGGCAUAACCCCUGUGCAGGAGAAACAGAUGAUCACCUGCCUGGAGAACAACAUCCAUAUGUUUGCAGGUUAGAGAGGGCCAGUAUGAGGGGGCAUCUUAAUAGUGUAAAGUGGCUUCCUCUCCUUGCCCUUUCUUUGAUAGAGUGAGAGAUGAUGGAAAUGUCCAAGCCAUAUCAUGGGAAAAUGUAGUCGUUUAAGCCCUCCAAUAAUAAUUACCUCACCUUAUGAUAACACAACCCUUGUUUUUCUCCCCUGCAACCAUAGCGGAUGGCAGUUCUGAUGACAUCGACAUGCCCAUCCGUCGUCUGUUUUCAGACCAGAAGCUGGUGAAACAACACAGCCUGAUGAGUCUCAACUCAGUCAACAGGUCUCCUGUAAUGAUGCAGUUGGCACACUUCCUCUAUGCCUAACUGCAUUUGAGCGGGCUGAAGCAGGCAGAGACAAGGGCACCUCUACUCGUCUUGGAGAUGAUAGUGCACACAGGAAGGGCCGGUGAGAAGUGUGACCAUGCAACAGUUUUUUAUUUGAUUUGUUUGAUGAUUAAAGAUAUAUUUAUAUUUUACCAUAUUCCUUAGCUCGCAUUACUUAUUUAGGCCUUUGGGAAGAACAUUCCUAAAGGAACCUAAGCCAUUUGAGAGUAUUGGAAGAUAGCUCAUGUUUUUCUCAGAUUUUCCUUAAUCUCUCCUCUCUUCAUUCUUUGUCCGUCUCUCUGUCCUCUCUCUCAGCCGGCUGCAUUGUGAAAUAGAUGGGGAUACCGCUGCGCCUCGUUGCCAUGAUGAACGCUAAUGACAUGGUGCACAAGGAUGGUGCAGAGUGGCAACUUUUCCAUGGCAACCAAUGUCAUGCAGACCUUGGCCCAGGCUAUAGACAUUCAGGUGCUGUGCAUGAUGGCUCGCCACUUUAUUUAAGGUUUAAGAAGUGUGUGUAUACUGUGGCUAACACUGUACUCUCUCCCCAGCACCCCUAUAACAUGGAGUGUGUGUUCUGGCUGCUAUCUGGUAGCGAUGGAGCCCUGUUAAAGGGCAUGUGGGAGGAGUUUCUGCACUCUCACAGACACACUGCCUGACGCUCUACACAAACACGUAGAUAGGUGCCUAGUACCAUUGGUUGUUUAAUGUUCUCUCUCAAAUCACCACCCAUACUUAUGCUCUCUCUCUCACCCCCCCUUCCCUCCUCUCUCUGUCUCCAGUUUUCCCAAAUCCUCACAGCAGGUGCAGUAAGAGAUGAGGGGAUAGUGGAGACCAUGCAGACAUGCUGGAAGGAGAACCAGUAUCUACUGUGUCCUCCCACUGCAGGGGUCAGACAUGAAGAAAUUAGGCUUAUGGAUGUGCAGUGAUAAUUCAGAUGACACUGUUAACAGGCAUUUGCCAUUGAUUAUCAGGAAUCACUAACACUUAUUGACCUAUCAGUUUGCUCGGUUGGUACUAAUUGUUUCAUAAAGUGGAAAAUAUACCACUUACUGCUAAUACCAGCAAUACUAUACCCACAGUUAGAUUUUUGAUUUGUACUAUUUUCUACAUUGUAGAAUAAUAGUAAAGACAUCAAAACUAUGAAAUAACACAUAUGGAAUCAUGUAGUAACCAACUAAGUUAAACAAAUCAAAAUAUACUUUAUAUUUGAGAUUCUUCAAAUAACCACCCUUUGCCUUGAUGACAGCUUUGCACAUGAUUCCAGAUGUGUUAUUUCAUAGUUUUGAUGUCUUCACUAUUAAUCUACAAUGUAGAAAAUAGUACAAAUAAAGAAAAACCCUUGAAUGAGUAGCUGUUCUAAAACUUUUUACCAGUAGUGUAUAAUUCACAAAAGUAAGGCACUGGGCCUUUACUAAUAUUAGCGGACCGAUAUAGACUUCUGUAGCCUGGGCCCCCCAAAUAGUUCAGCAUCUCCCGCUUUGGCAAAAAGGUAGUUGUAUAAUUAAGAACAGUAUCUUGCAGGAUUAAAUAGUUGGAAUUGUAGGAGUUGUUGCCCUGUCUCUUUCUCAGUGAUUGUCAUUCUAAUGGAAUCCAGAAAGAACAACACCCUGUCCUUAAACAUUUACCUCAAAAGGUACGAAGUUAUGGGCAAAGACACAAAACAUCCACAUGAAAUUAAAUAUUUAUCUUGAUCAAAUAACUUGGAAAACAACCACUUUUUGUGCAGUAUUAUUUUACCAUCCUUACAAACCACUUAAUGUAAAUGUAUAUUACUGUAUUGUACAUUGGCUGGUCAUCUAGGUUCGUACCUGUAGACUUUCCAUCACCAUAAAGAAAAACAAUGCACAAUACGGUAGUUGAGUAUAUUGACACAUCAAGUGGUUUGUGAUGAUGUGGCUCAGUUUGUAGAGCAUGGCACUUGCAAUGCUAGGGUUGUGGGUUCGAUUCCCACGGAGGACCAGUACAAAAAAGUAUGAAAAUGUAUGUACUCACAACUGUACGUUGCUCUGGGUAAGUGUGUCUACUAAAAUGGAAAAGGAAUGAAUAGACCAUUUCAGUUUUCACAUAGAAAUAAGUUGCAUUUACAAAAUAUUUCAAGAAAGUAUUUUUAUAUUCCACAACUAUUAUCAAAUUAACUGUUUUGUACAGAUAUUUAUCAGACCCCAGUUAUAAAUGCUGGUAAACACUCCAAUACAUUUGGUUUACAUCUUUUUACAAAAGUAGUGCACUGGGCCUUUACUAGUUCUGUAUUAGCAGACCGAUAUAGACGUCUUCAGUGCGGGCAAAAAAUGUUUUGCAUCCCCCCCACCUUCGGCAACAAAAUCGCAGCACCCCCACCCCCAAACUACUUUCCGUGGCUAUGGCGUUGCAGUUCUUGACACAAACCAGUGCGCCGGGCACCUACUACCAUACCCCGUUCGAAGGCACUUUAAUCUUUUGUUUUGCCCAUUCACCCUCUGAAUGGCACACACACAAUCCAUGUCUCUAUGGUCUCAAGGCUUAAAAAUCAAAAGGUUUGGAGGCAAUAAUGUGUGCAGCAGUAAUUACAGUAUAUGAUUAGAACUGAGCUAUGAUUUAGGUUUUUAUUCCCAUCACUACAUGUAGGAGACAGUGUGGUGGUUGGUGUGCAUGAAAUUGCCUGUGGUGGUAGUGUGCAUGAAAUUGCCUGUCCGUAGGUUUAUAUGGGUCGCAUGGGUUUCUCUCACACUUGAUUAGAAAGCUGUCUGUUAGCCUUUUUUGUCUUGUAAUGUGCCCGAGUGUGUACUUUCUUAUCAGGGCUGGCUCUGUAUUGUAUGGCUAUGGAUAAAACCUUUUACAGCCAACGCUGCUGACCUAUUGUGCUCUCAGGCGGCUGAGAGGGUCUGGUAAAGAUGAUGUCAGAGGUUGAAUGACUCCGAUCUGGUCAUGCCAGUGUUGCCAACUCCUCAGUAAGGAAAGUAGCUAUUGGCUGUCCUAAAAGUCGCUAGAAGUCGCUAAAUGACGCCAUCACAUAACUUGCAUAAUUGGCCAUGUGCAUGUAAUUGUGAUGGACGCUGUAAGAGAGGAAUAACGUCGUGGGAAAGACAAAAAGUGAGUAAAAAAAACACCCUACAGCUAGCGGCGGCUUCCCGCAUGCGCGAUUCAUUUGCAGUCAGGACGCGGAGGGGUGAACAUCUGCUCUGACUGCAUUUGGGAGGGACUGCUGCGCGAGGACUGUGCCGGCUUUUUUGAAAAUGUGUCGCUAGAGGGUUCGAAAACUCGCUAAAUAAGUUGGCAACAUUGGAGCAUGCAUGGUAAGGUAACACAAACAAAGUACACACAUACUGUAAACACAAACUCCUCCAUACUGCUUACAUAUUUCAGCAACAUCUCGUGGUAAAUUUUUGUGUUUGUGUUUGGGUAUUGGAAAGACUUGUAAUCCGAGAUGACUUGCAACAGUAACCACGUUUCCAUCCAACCAUUUCAUGUAGAUGAAUUACCUUACGCAUAAAAAAAAGUCACUAACAGGCUAAUGGAAACAUGAAAUGCCGGUACAAUUUCAUAAAUUAGUUUGUUCGACAUGGUGGGAUCUUUUUGCAAAGUCAGUAAAAUUAAUAAUGCGAGAAAUGACGGUGGAAACGCCUUUAUGCGCAAAUAUUGAUAUAAUAACCAUCAUAUCGAAGUAAACUUGGAGUCAAGACUAUUAUAUGUUGUGUGGUCCUCCCACUACGACACGGGAAACCAUGCAGUUUAUUAGGCUACAGAUGAAAUAAAUGAUGAUGAACUUCACAGGGUGGUGAAUAUGCAAUGUGAUGAGCUUGAUGCACCUUUCCAAUAAAUAUCGAGGGUGUUAUUUUGGUGACGAAAAAAAUUAUGAUGAACUUCACAGGGUGGUGAAUGUGCAAUGUGAUGAGCUUGAUGCACCUUUCCAAUAAAUAUCGAGGGUCUUAUUCUGGUGACAUGAUGAUCGAUGCUUGGCUGCCGUUUGACAAAUUCAAAUAAUAUCGCUCUUAUCCAUAAUAAUCUCAUAAUGUAGGUAGCCUACCUGCACCGUAUCUGUGAGCUAUUGGCUAGAGUGCAUGUGCCAAGACCAGAGGGGGCACUUUUGCAAUAUAACGCAACAGUUUCUGUGACAAAACCAUCAGUACUUGAAAAUGCGAUGGCAACCCAUUAAACCUGUAUUUUUCAUUCGGUAAAUAGGAAUGUAAUGGCAAAAGUUAUUUUUGUGUGCACCACAUCAUUACGCACAGCCUGUUAUCAACAAAAAGUCUGCUUGAUGGAAAAAUCUCUGGUGGGAAAAUGUGCGUAUUGUUUUAUGCAGAUUUGAGAAUAUUCGCAUAAAAAUCGGUCACAAAUUGGAUGGAACCUAGCUCUCGACUAACCUGACAGUUGUUUUUGUACAGUAAUUUUUAUUUGACUCUUGAAGCACAAGCGAUUACACAAGCAGUUACAAGCAAAAACGAAUUCUUUACGUCUAUAUCUGUCUUCUGUACAAAAUGUAUGUACAUAGCUAUGCCUCUGACAUUGAGACGUUACAGAUUUUUUACACUGUUUUUCAACUCAGGACUGCCCCUGAAUACCUGUAGAGGCUGUUUUAUUGGUGGACUCUGUGGGGAGGGGUGUGGCUAAUCAUGUGUAGAAGCUUCAUCAGCAGAUCGUGGCCAUGGCUACUGCUCACUGAUUGGCUUAUGUAUUCGGCUUCAUCCUUCUCGAAACAGGAUUGGUCAAUACUACAACCCUCUAAAAGAGAAAAUACAAAAAUAGACAAUCUGUCACACAACUGUAAUAUAAAACUGAAUCCAUAUGAACUCACAACAAGUAAUACAUUUAAUUAUUACAUUAUUACCAUUGGCUAAUGGCUACACAUCACCACAUGUAUUCUUAAACUCUUAAGUGAUCUUGGAACAAAUAGUUUGGUAGCUGACAAUGACAAAGUAUUCAAUACCACAAGAGCUUGGCACAUGCUAUUAACAAUUAAAUAGUCUUCUGAAAUUGCCACAACCAGCAAUCCAGAGAAAAACAAACCCUACUGCAUGCAAGGCGUUUUGCUCCUUUGCAGAAUCAGUCAGUAUGAACAGAAACAUUUGCUAUACAGGAAAACAGGAGUAUAGUCUUUGUCUUACCCACGUCACAGCAGACCCCGGGUGCAGCACACCGUCCCUCCUCAGAGCCACACACUCUUCCUCCGGCCUCACAGGGGGAGGGCAGGUAAUUCUCCUCCACACAACCAGCUGCCUCUGGGGAGCCCACGUAGCAGCCCAUCCCCUCCCCACAGCAGAUAUUAGGGCCAAAGCAGCGGCCCCUGUCCCCGGGGCCACAUGACAUGCACUGGAAAGAUAAUAGGAAGCAGAAAGUUACAUUGUUGUUAUAGAUAAAAGUGAUAUAUUUAUAUAACAUUUUAUUUUUUUCAUAACGGUACAAUAUUUAUUUAUUUAUUUAACCAUUAUUUAACCAGGUAAGCCAGUUGAGAACAAGUUCUCAUUUACAACUGCGACCUGGCCAAGAUAAAGCAAAGCAGUGCGAUAAAAACAACAACACAGAGUUACAUAUGGGGUAAACAAAACAUAAAGUCAAAAAUACAACAGAAAAUAUAUAUACAGUGUGUGCAAAUGUAGUAAGUUAUUGGGGUGUAGUGAGAUACCCAAUGGGCUUGACAAAACGUAUACUAAAAACUUGAAAAUCAAUCAAUUUUAUUGAAAUAGCAUGGGCGACUGAGGAAAAACAAAUUGGUACAAUUUAAGGCCAAGUGACAAACAAUAAUGCAGGCACUACUGAGCAUGCGGGUCUGGGCAGAUUAGUCAUUGUGUGUCUGUAAUUUGUUGUUUGUAUAAGUGUGUUUUUGGAGUGUAAAAAAAAGCUAAGAUGCAAGCCUAUAUGGCAGCCAGGAAUCUAAGUCUAUAACAGACAUACAGUAACAAUAGACAAUAACAAAGUGGAACUGAUUAGAUUUUUACUUGGUACCUUUCUGGAUGGGAAGUCUAGUGCUGAUCUCUUGCCUCCUAUGGGGCAGUUGGAGAUGUAGCAGGCAGUGCAUACAGAUAGCAGGAACAGCAGACAGAGGGCGGACACUGGGGCGCCAAUCAUAGCCACUGAGAAAGAAGGAAACAUUUAAGUUUGACUAAAGUUGACGCUACUUGUCUCAGGAUAGAGAUAAGAUGAUAGUUCCUGCAAAGUCUGUUACAAAAACAUGUCCUGCAAAUUUUUUAAUUUAUUUUUUAGAUUAAGUAUUUUUAAGAUUGUCAGAGAAAAUACAGACACUGUAUGAUAUAUAGAAGACACACUCACUGUGUUGAGGUUGAGGCUUUGGUGAGGAUGAUCUGCGAAUUUGUCGAUGAUUGAUGGUUGAUCUUGGUAGAGGUUGAAUGUCUUUGUUCAUGGUCCUUGCCAUGAAAAGGUACCCUUUUAUACCUAUUGCUCUGUCUCUUUAGGAUGUGACAUGGCCUCAAAACCACCAAUUAAGUCCAAUCAAACUGUUAUUCCACUGGUAUUAAUUAUGUGACCUGAUUAGUAAAGGGAAUUGACAUUGAGAUGGACAAGAAAAGGGCAUAUCAGGUGUGACCAUGCAUAAGAGGUAUGGGGGGUCUGGUUAGUCUUACUUUACACUGAUCUGAGUUCAGCUUUCCAUAGUUCUAUGCAGUGUUGUGUUUGAGACCACCUAAAGCGAGACGGAUUCAAGACCGGAGCAAAUCGAGUCGGAGUCAAGACCAAAACCGGAAGGGGGGUGAGACGAGUCAAGACUGAGACCGGACGUGGGACAAGGGGUCUGAGACCGAGUCAAGACUGAGACCAGAAAAAUGCGAGUCCAAUUCAAGACCAUGAUUGUAAUUUUGUCAAAUCGUCACCAUAAUAAGAGUUCAAUAUGUCCAGUAUUUCUGUGUUUAUAUUUCAGUAGAACAUAUGGAUUCUUUAGACAUUCAGAAUGGUGAGAAAAUGCAUGCUGAGGGCAAAUAGAGCCACUCUACAAAUUAUUACUAACCCAAAAACAGUGGGGAACAAUGAGGGCCUUCUACACCUUCAGAGAAGGGCUAAGAAAUAAUAACUAUAACAAUUCAAAUUAUUAUUUUCAAUUAUGUUCUAAUUUAAUAUUUUUGUUGAAACGGAAAGGGUUAACACUGAAGAGAAAAAAAGAUCCAAUCAGGAUUUUUGGGGAGAUACAUUUAGCUAGCUAAAUCAGCCAUUGGCUAGGCCAUCAGAAACAAGAUAGAAGGCAUCUGCCAUUGAACUGUAUUAGGGCAAAAUGUUGGAGUGACAGUGGAAUCAACCAAUCACAUUUUGGCUCUUAAUGGGUGGGACCAUUUUUACUGCAGUGGGCUAAAUUAGGGUCACACAGAGUGAUUAUUGGUAGUCUUAAACAAAUCUACUUUGAAACAAAAGUAUACACCUCACACACAUGGUUAUGGGCUUAAAAAAGGACACCUGUACCAUGUCAGAUAUAGAGUUGAAAUGUAUUCAAUUUUUAGUUUGCAUCGUAAUUUUACACUUUAUAUACAUCAGAGAAGACUGAAAUAUAACAAAACUGUUUGACAUAGAAACACUGGAUUUUCGUCUGUUUAAAAAAAAAAAAGAAUCUUUAUGAAAUUCUGAAAAAUAUUAAUAACAUUCCACCCAUGAGACCAAAGAGGGCGCUUUUGAUCAUUGAAUGCAGGAAAGGGUUGUGAGUGGAACUGUGUUUUUUGUAAUAAUAAUGUUUUAUUUUUUUUGUUUUUCCUCAAUCUGAUUAGGUGGGCCUGGCAGGGCCUGGCUCCCCAGUGGGUGGGCCUAUGUCCAACCAGGCCCACUCAACUGCCUAUGAUGACAAUGUCCUCCCAGGCCCACUCAACUGCCCAUGAUGACUGAAAUGCACGUCACAAAUAAGUCUACUAACCAAGACUACGGACCAAACUUUUUCAAUACCUGGUUUGCAUACCCAUUGUUGCCUUAGUUAGCAUUUACUGGUAUAUAUAAAUUGAAACGUCUUUCCUACCUACUGGCUACGGAUGACAUUCUUCUGUGCGCUGCUCCAUGCCAAAACCAGUUGAGAGCUUCGCGCUCUUGCUGCCUGCAGAUGAUAUUCCGCUGAAAGUAGGCUAUGUGUGAAUAUAUUUCACGUGUCUUGCGAUUGUGUAGUUUACUUUGUGCAUGAGUUCACUAUUGUACUACAUAAUUGAUAAAUCGUAUACCUCCACUACACUACUUUGAUACGCAUCAGUGGGGAUUAAAAAGUGAGUAUACGCAAUGCACACUGAAAAAAAAGUUGCUAUACGGUGUAUACCUGCAUAUAGCCUACACUACACCACUGGCCCCUUUGUGUUUUACAAAAAGUGCACUUUCCUACAUGAGUGCGCUUGUAUUACCGUUGCUGUCCUCACGAACUUGUCACACACAGAAGGCCUAGAGGUCCAAUAGGUUCGCCACUGCGCAAACGUCUAUAAUAGAUAUACAGACUAUUCAGGUAUUAAUGUUUCAAGAAAGGAAUGUAUAUAUUUGGCCCGGUGAAGCGGUUUUAUGCGCUUGCUGAAUGGAAGCUGAUAAUGAUGAGUUUCUUACUCCUCUGGUCUCGGCUGGUCUCCGGAAGAAAUUACGAGUCCUCGCUGUCCGAGACCGAGUGAAGACCGAGUACAAAAUGUAUCCGACACCGAGACAAGACCGAGACACUCAUAAUGUGGUCUCGAGACCGGUCUUGAGUACUACAACAAUGGUUCUACAGUAGGUUAUGUUUAUACAUGUUAUGGGAUGAACAACAAGGGUAGGAGGGAAGGGGGAAUGGAAAGGGUAAAACAGGAGGGAGCUAUGACUUCAGAGCUGAUUUGUGUGUGUGUGUGUGUGUGUGUGUGUGUGUGUAUGACUUUACUCAGCCUGUAUGGGCUAUGUAACAACUAAUGUAAUAAGAGGAAAAGAGAACUUCAGAUAAAUUGAGAAAUGGCUCAAGGGAUGAUUAAAAGGUUCUCAUUGUCCUUAUUAAUAAUAAGAGCACGGUUGACCUUGACCUCACCAUGUGUUAAUCAUGUAUUUCUCAUUGUUUUAACCUGGACAGAUCCUAUGA